AGUGCGAGCGAAACGGAGCGGCAACGACAACCCGGCAGUGACGGGAACAGUGUCGCGCAGUGCGGUCGAUCGAUCGUGUUUCGUUUCUCCGGCGAGGAAACGAUCAGCGAUCUGUCGCUCUUGCCGAUUCCCAGCUGGAUCGCGUCACUACGUUUUAGAACACGCAAAUUCCUCGCGGAAUUUAUUUUUGGAAAACUCCGGUGGAAAAAGAUGUUUUUCAUCACUGGCACACGUGUCAGAACACGUUGAACACAUUUUUUUCACUCUCAGCCUGUUUCUCAGGCUGUUCGGACUCCCGGCGCCGAAGGACGGCAAGAGUUUUGUAUUUAUCAAUUUCGGAAUUAGCCGUCGCAAGCACGUGUGGCUGACUCGUCGAAAUUCACUCGUCGGAACGCAGAAUUUCGCGCGAAAAAGGGAGACGGGUAAAAGAAGAAACGGCUAUCAAUUCAGCAUUAGCGCGUUCAGAAUUCGCGCUUGGACCUAUCGUCCAAUAUGCUGUGCAUAGCUAAUGUCAUCCGCAAAUAUGGACCGAAAAAUCAAAAGAAAAGGGACAAGAAGGUGAAAAAGCGGGAGAAAAAACCGGAGACGGUCGUGGAUGAGCAUCAGUUACGCAGAGACCAGAGGAAGCAGAUGAAGAUGACCGAGCCCGCAAAGUUGGUACAAGAAGCUGCGAUGCCCACGCAGGACAAGCCACAAUAUUCCGAGGAUAUUAGAAUCGGCGGUAUUGAAGGGGGCGGUACGCACUCGACACUCGUAAUACUCGACGGAAAAGGUGCGAGGCUAAUAGAAGUUAAAGGACCGAACACUAAUCAUUGGGCAAUUGGGAUAGAUGAGACAGCUGCUAGACUUAGCGCAAUGAUUGAGAAGGGUAAACAAGAACUAGAUAUACCAGAAACUGUUCCUUUAGAUUGUGUAGGACUUACUCUAAGUGGUUGCGAAGAGGAAACCACAAAUCGUCAACUCAUAGAAACUUUGUUACAAAAGUAUCCAAAUUCUGCCAAGGAUUAUAUAAUUAGUUCAGAUACUCUUGGCAGCCUCAGAACUGGUUUGCAAUCUGGUGGGAUCGUGUUGAUUGCCGGAACUGGUAGCAAUGCUUUGUUGAUUAAUCCAGACGGAACGACUCAUGGCUGCGGGGGAUGGGGACACAUGAUGGGCGACGAAGGAGGAGCUUAUUGGAUUGCCUAUCGUGCCUGCAAAUAUGUAUUUGAUGAUAUCGAUGGUUUUGUGGAAGCACCCGAACCAAUAAGUUAUGUAUGGCCAGCAAUGAGAAAUUACUUCAGCGUGACUGAUAGAAACGGCAUUUUACCAUAUUUAUAUGCGAAAUUCGACAAGAGUACCAUCGCUGGUUUUGCCAAGGAAGUCGCAGAUGGCUGUGAGAAGAACGAUCCACUGUGCCUGAAAAUCUUCGAAGAAGCUGGACAACUUCUGGCAAAGCAUAUUAUCGCCGUUUCAAGAAAGGCGCAUAACGAUCUCAAACUAGCUCACGGUGGCUUGAAAGUGAUCUGCGUUGGAUCCGUGUGGAAAUCAUGGAAAUUCAUGAAAAAGGGUUUUGUGAACGAAAUUCACGAUAGGCGAGUCGUGGAUGAAUUGAGUUUGCUACGUUUGACGACAACAUCGGCGCUCGGCGCCUGCUAUCUCGCUGCAGAGAAAAUUGAUUGUCCGUUCGUUAAGCCGUAUGACAGCAAUGUCGAAAUCUUUUUCCAUUACAAGCGCGAUAAUUAUCCGGAAACGCAAAAGAUAGAACAUCCAAUCGAAUUAAAAAAUCAGACAUCUGUUUGUAACAAUGUUCAUGAAAACGGGGAGAGUACAUGAUAAAAUGAUAAAUAAAUAAACUUUAAAAACCAAGCUUUUUUUUAAUUGACGCUGAAAGUUUAUUAUAAACAUCACGUUGUGAAAGAAAAUAAAUGGAUUAUCUGGAAUGAAUAAUUAUCAAUCGGAAAGAUCUAAGUUCCUGAUUAAAGCGAUUGUGAAAAGUGCAAUAGAUUUAAAUGUACAAAUAACAAGCACAAAUCUGUAAAAUCUGUAAAAAUAAAAACAAUCAAUUUUGUAAAAAUUACAUCUUUGUAAAUAUCGAUUUAAUAUGUAUAUAAAUUUUUACAAGAUCGAAGGCAAUAAAAUCUUUUUAAAAAUUGCGCUAGUGGAGAGUAAUGUAUUUUAGCAUAUCGAUAUCCCUCAAAUUUUGAAAGAAAGAUAAACAAGGGAAUAAAGAAUCGAAGCAAUAUUUCGUAGCAUAAUCGAGGAUCAUGGAUUUUGUUUCCUGAGUAUAGCAUCAAAUUUCACAGAUAAAAGAAUGGGACUGAAAGCUAUUUGUAACACGGCAUGGGGCUGCCUAUGGUGGUUUCUUUGUCUGGCCAUUAGAAUUAUAUUGUAUUUGCUCCUGUCUAUCUUCAGCUUGAUAUUCUUCGCGGGCUGUAUCGGCGCGAUAGUAAUCCUCAUUUUGUACGCUUUUGGUUUCUUAACGUACGAACGCAGAUGAUUAAGGGACCUGACGACGUGUCGUAAUUGGUUGCAAGUGAUGUAAUGUAAUUAUCUCAUCAUAAAUUGAAUAUAAAUAUGUAAUAUGAAACAAAUCUUGUUUGCGUCUGAAGAAACUUAUCGUAAAAUUACGUGGCAACAUAUUUUUGAAAAAUAUAUUUGUAUCAGGUUAUAUUAUAUCACAA